AGUGAACUUCUCCCGUGCUGCAGUCAGCUACUUUCUGAGCGCAACCCCUCUAUCCUUUCAGUAUGCAGACGGCUCGGAAUGGCUACUGACGCCAGCACGCUUGAGGAGCUACAUAGCGAGCUCACCUGUCCAGUGUGCCUCGAGCUCUUCCGUGAGCCGGUGAUCCUCGAGUGCGGACACCACUUCUGUCGCGUGUGCAUUACGCAGUGCUGGGAGGCCAAGUACGAUGAACACCCGACCUGCCCGAAGUGCCGAAAGACAUGCGCUCCGAAGCUGCGCCCCAACUCGCUUCUGUGUAACGUCGUGGACAGCGUGAGGAGAGCUCGAGCCAUGGAUGGGAAACCCGGAGACCAGGAGAGCUCACAGGAGGAUCCUGAAGAACGGCAACGGGAGGGCAAUAUGCCCAGCUCCGGGUUCAGUUUCACCGAUUUCUCUCCUCGCCUCGAGUCAGACCGGUGCGAGGAGCACGAGGAGAAGUUGAAGCUAUUCUGUGAGGAUGAUCAGCUCGCGAUCUGCCUGGUGUGCGGGAUGUCCCGAGACCACAAGACGCACAAUGUCAUCCCCAUCAACGAGGCGUUCGAGAACUACAAGGACAAGCUGUCCAAAGUCCUGGAGAGAGUAAUGAUCCAGACUGAACAGGCUUCUCUCUGUCAGGUCCAGACCAACAACAAGAUCAUGCUCAUCAAGGAGCGAGCUGAGGACAUAGAGGAGCAGGUGAGUGCAGAGUUUGGACGUCUGAGGGAGUUCCUUCUCCAGGAGGAGGAGAGAGUGAAGGAGAGUCUGCGGCGGGAGAAGGAAAAUAGGCUCCACCAAUUGGAGGAGGUCCUCAAACACACCACAGAGCAAAUCGGCCAGUUAGAGCAAACUGCCGACCAGCUCCGCGUCAAACUCCGAGAGAAUGAGAACCCGGCACAACUCCAGGGAAUCAAGGAUUUUAUCGGAGGAGCGGAGAUUAUGUUUGAGCGACCCCCGGAGGUGUGUGUGGAUCUGCCGGAGGGGAGUUCCUGGGACCACUGCAGUGUGACAGCGGUGACUCUAAACCCAGACACCGCCUACCCCAGGCUGUGGGUGUCCACGUGCUGCACCCAGGUCAGUGUCGGGGACAUCCAGCCCAACCUGCCCAACAACCCUGAGCGCUUCACGCGCUACAACAUUGUCCUGGGAAGCCAAGCCCUCGCCUCAGGGCAACACUACUGGGUGGUUGAGGUGGGCACCAAGACGGCCUGGGGGCUGGGGGUGGCGGCCGCCUCGGUCAACAGGAAGGAUGAGAUUAGCCUGUGUCCCGACGACGGCUUCUGGACCCUGGUGUUAAGAGAGGGGCGGGGAGGGAGCGAGUACGAGGCCUGCACCAACCACGAGGAGAGCCUGUUGCACCCCCCUCGACCCCCCAGGAGGGUAGGGGUGUACCUUGACUACGGGAGGGGUGUGGUGGCGUUUUACGACGCAGGGGAUAUGAGUCACCUGUUCACCUUCUCCGACGCCACGUUUACAGAGGCAGUGUUCCCCUACUUCAACCCCUGGCCAGUCAUCAAAGGGAGAAACCGUGCGCCUCUUAUCAUUAUUAGCCCCGACCCGGAGGUAUGAGAGACCCGGUAAGAACGGUCAGAGAACACUGAGAACCAAAGACAAGAAAGUGGAACAAUGUAGAGAACCUGUGAGAGAAACUGCAAUGUCAUCAUCCUAUUCACUAACACUUGACUGUUGCUCACGGUUUUGUCGUUUAUGAACAUUUCCCGUAAAUAUGCUUCCAUGGAAUAUGUGGGUGUUUUGUGUUUAAAGAGAGCACAUGCCAGAGGACUCUGAAGGAAGCCACAUGGAAAAGCGAAUUGAAAAAAGCACCUUAACCAUGACAUUCUUUCCCUUACAAAUGGACAUGGCCAAAGACUGAAAUGACAAUUUCCUACUAUAUUUAUCUAAAGUGUGUAUAUAGUAAGAUAACAGUGUUUUACAGUGUAUUUUACAUUUGAAUAGCGGAGUAUAUACAUGGGCGAAUCAGAUCACGCCUCCAUUCUGCUCCUCCAGGAAGCAGGAAGCACCCCUUGGUAAGGUCUGUUGGUGUGACCAAUCAGAAUCUAUGCUUCUAGAUUGUUUUGAUCACGCAGACUGGAAAAUGUCCCCGGUCGCCUUUGAGAAUAGUAUCGACGUAUACACAUCGGUGACUGGCUUCAUCAGAAUGUGCAUUAAGGAUGUUGUUCCCACUGUGCCGAUUGGAACUUAUCCAAACCAAAACAGUGGAUAGAUGGCAGCAAUCGCACAAAACUGAAAGGCGCGAACCGCCGCAUUUAACCACGACAAGGUGACUGGGAACAUGGACGUGUAUUAAGAGACCAGCUGUGGUUGCAAUUCACUCGUUCUCCGUGGCCGAUGUGCGUAAGACACUUAAGCGUUGCCGGCCCAGGAUGCCGGCCCAGACGGCAUCCCAAGCCGCGUCCUCAGAGCACUGGCUGGAGUGUUAACGGACAUAUUACAUCUCUCCAUAUCCCAGUCUCUUGUCUCUACUCUCUUCAAGAUGUCCACCCUUGUUCCUGUACCCAAGAAAGCGAAGGUAACUGAACUGAUGAAAUGACUGUCGCCCCGGAGCACUCACUUCUGUCAUUGUGAAAUGCUUUGAGAGGCUGGGUAAGGAUCAUAUCACCUUACCCGGCACCCUAGACCCACUACAAUUCGCAUACAGCCCCAACAGGUCGAAGGACGACGCACUCGCCAUUAUACUGCAUACAGCCCUGGACGAGAGAAAUACCUAUGUAAGAAGUGUGUUCAUCGACUACAGCUCAGGCUUCAACAUCAUAAUGCCCUCCAAACUCAUUACUAAGCUCAGGGCCCUGGGUCCCCCCCGUGCAAUUGGAUCCUGGACUUCCUGACGGGCCGACCCCCAGGUGCUGAAGGAGGCUGAAGAAAUUCAGCUUGGCCCCAAAGACCCUCAAGAACUUCUACAGAUGCAUAGUACUGUACUACCCGCAACCGCAGGGCUCUCUAGAGGGUGAUGCAGACUACCCAGCACAUCACCAGGGUUCACACUGCCUGCCCUCCGGGACAUCUACAGCACCAAGUGUCACCAAGAAGGCCAAGUAGAUCAUCGGGGACCUCCGCCACCUGAGCCACAGCCUGUUCACCCCACUGCCAUCUGGAAGGUGGGGACCGUACAGGUGGAUUAAAGCUGGGACCGAGAGACUGGUAAACAGCUUUAAUCUCCAGGCCAUCAGACUGUUAAACAGUCACCAUUAGCCUUAGUCACUGUUCUUGCCAGCUACCACCCGGUACUCCACCCUGCACCUUAGAG